UUAUUUGGUCGGACCACAUAAAAUUUAGGUUUCCUUACAAGGAAGGAAGGUAGAAGCUAGACGGCGAUGGCGGAUAACUCUGUACCUCCUCUUCUUCUUCUUCGUCAAGCUAAUAAUAAUACCCACCAACAAGAAGAGGAAGAGGAACCAGAUCAACAGUCCAUCAGCCGUCCUUUCUUUGAACCCGUAGAUUCGCUUACACAAGAAGAUAUCUUUUCAAGGAACAACAUCAACCACGUCGACGAAGACGACGAUGUAUUAGUCUCUGAUUUCUGUUCUGCUUGUUUAGACACACUUUAUUAUCACAUCAGUGCUUCAUCCGAUUCCGAUUGCGAUUCCGAUUCCGCUUUCGAAUCUGAUUCCAACCUCAAUUGCUUCCGCCACGACUACGAAGAAAACGAUUUCAUGGAUCUCGACAUCGGAGAUCUCUGCGUUUCCUGUCGGGAGGAUCAGUUUUCCAUGAGUGAUGGACAGAUCUCGAAUUCACCCGCGUUUGAUGACGAAGUGGAAGAGGAGAGGCUAGGGUUUGGGCUCGAUAGAUCUGUUGUCGCGCCUGUUAGGGGUGAAUCUUCAACGACUGGCUUGCGUGUUGCUGGAAUUGAUUCCGAGUCCGAUUCAGAGUUGGUGAUUGAUGAUGUGAAUGGGGAGGAGCAACUUGGGAAUACUCUUUUCUGGGAUUGUCUUGGAUUUGAAGAACAAAUCUCCAACAAUGGAGAAUUGGACUGGGAGGAAAUAGAGGAAAGGGUUGUUGAUGAAAGAGAAGGACUGAGGUCAGUGAUAGAUAGAAUUGAAGAAAUGUCUGUUUCUUCAGACCUUUCUAGAUAUGAUGAGAUGAAUGAGAUUCCCGAGGAUGAUGCUGCUGCUGCUGCUGAGGAGAGUUUGGAAUGGGAAGUUCUAGUUGAAAUGGUUAAUUGGGACAGACCACGCAUGCAUGAAUUCGAAGCUGAGGAAGAGGUUGAUGAUGACGAUGAUGAUAACGAUUCGUACCUAGCAGUUCAUGACGAUUACACUACAGAUGGAGGAGAAAACAUUACAGAUUUCUUACACCAGUUCACUCGCGACAGCAACGUCGUGAGAGGUAGUCCUCCUACUGCUGAACACGUGAGGAAGAAUCUUCCUUGCGUGGUGCUGACAGUGGAAGAGUUACAAAAGGAGAAUUUAAACUGUGCAGUUUGCAAAGAUGGGAUAGUUGUGGAUGAAAAAGUGACAAUGCUUCCCUGCAAUCACCAUUACCAUUUCGAGUGCAUCGUUCCGUGGUUGAAUGUUCGAAACACGUGUCCUCUUUGUCGCUACGAGUUGCCAACAGAUGACAUGGAUUAUGAGAUGAGAAGGAACCAAGAAGGUGGUGUUGGCCUUGGAGGAGACUCGGAGGAUGGAUAUAACUAUGAAUGGCUUGUAUGAUGAUGAUCCUACUAUAUAUAUGUAUGUGAUACAUAAGGUGUUAGAACUGGAGCAUAUCUUUUAAAUUUCAGAAUCUUUUAAAGAUUAUUUUGUUUGUUUUCCUUUUUGCUAUCACAUGAAGUGAAACUCAGCAUUGCACAUAAGUAAAACCUAGGAUAGAUGUCAUCUAGAAAAUUAUCAGUACUGGGUAUGUGUGCUAUCUGUUAAUUUUGCUAGUUUUUGGUUGCAAGAUCAACUUAUUAGAUGUGUUGCUAAGGGUUUUGAGAUAUAAGAUGUAAUUCUGU